AUGGGGCACUCUGGCACUCUAAAAGAUCUUCCCACAAUAUUAUUGAUCGAAAUUUUAUCGAGGCUUCUGAGAGAGUCUUUACUCCAAUUUAAGUUAGUUUGCAAAUUUUGGUACGUUUUAAUCAAAGAUCCUACAAUUUUUUCUCUUCAACAUGAACGUAUUUUUAUCAAAUGGAGGGAAAUUGAAUCUCCUACUUAUGUACGUGCAUCAAAGUCACAUGUUGCCUCUCAGAUGCAUCAUGAAGGAACAUAUUAUUGGUGGGCAUACAAAGAAGGAGUAACUAAUAUUAUACACACAUUCGACAUGAGGGAAGAAGUUUUUGGCAAAAUUUCAGUACCAAACAAUAUAGCGGAGGAGCGUGAGGAGUAUAUAAGUAUGGAGAUUUUGAAUGGAUCAAUUGUUAUAUUUCACUAUCUAGUAUCAGGGAAUGAAAAAACCUUCGACAAUUGGGAGAGGGAGAAAGAUGUCAUUUCAUGGUCAAAAGUAAUGACAAUUAGUUCUCUUCUUGGAGUUGAGAAACCAUUGUUAUUUGUAAAUUCCAAUGAACUUUUAAUAGAAACCAAUGAAGGGCAAGUGGUUUAUUAUAAUAUUAAAACUCACAUGACCAAAGUUCUUCCAUUAAAACGCAUUCACGUGUGUUCACGACAAUAUUUAAGUUUAGAUAAAUUUAAAUCUAUCAAAUCCAAUCGUGUUUAUGUUUACACAUACUUCUACUUCCUUGGUUCCUAA